GUUUGUGUGUGUUUUAUUGAUGGCAGGUUGAAGUUGAGGGUUCAUGUUGUGUAUACACACACACACACACACACACAGCUAACAUGAGUCUGUCAAAAUAGUGCAUAUAUUCGACUCUGUGCUUCAAUACCCUGCUUUAUUAAAAAAAAGAAAGUAAGAAAAAACUCCCCCCGCAGCACAGAACAGCCAGAUUGUGAAAUAAAUCGCGUGUAAAGGAAGGAGAGAAUCCGUUUCGGGUGCCCGGAUGAACUCCGGUGCUGCCCAGUUGGAACACAGGAGCCCGAUGGCUGCCAGCUGACCUUUGACCUUCGACCUCCAGGAUGAUGUCGGUCAGAGAGCGGCUCCGCCAGAACAUCUCGGCCGCCUUCUACCGGCACGGUCUGCUGUGCGCCUCCUACCCGGUUCCCAUCAUCCUCUUCACCUCCGCCAGCAUCUUGGCCUGCUGUUACCCUCUGUUGAAGUUGCCCCUGCCGGGAACAGGUCCUGUAGAGUUCACCACCGGGGUGAAGGAUUACUCCGUCCCCUACCACGAGCCUCAGAGUGACCCGGGCGAGCGUCCUGAUUGGUAUCACGGCGCUCCGGUCGCCUACAUCCAGCAGGUGAUAGUGAAGGCGGCCGUGUCUCCGUGGGACAGCAGCUUGGUGCCCGUGGACGUUUUCCGCUCGCCGCUCGGCCGAGUCUUCGGCCUUCUGGAGGAGAUCCGUGGCCAUGUUCACGCCGACAGAGGUUUGGAGAAUCUGUGUCUCCAGGUGACGGAUCUGUUGCCGGGGUUACGGCGCAUGCAGUCUGUGCUUCCCGAACACGGCUGCCUGCUGGUUUCCCCCGGCAACUACUGGCAGAACCGGCGGGACGUGUUCGACUCGGAUCCGGACAUCCUGAAGACCGUCCAGCAGCACGAACCCAAAGGCCUGCACACGUCCGCCACGCUAAAAGACCUGCUGUUUGGGGUCCCGGGGAAAAGCACAGGCGUCAGUCUGUACAGUAAAAAGCGAGUCGUCACCUACACCAUCACCAUCGCCUUCAGCAGUUAUGACUCCAGGUUUGUAGGCAGCUUGCGUACCCGUCUGAAGCAGCUACACCCGUCGGUGAACUGCAGCCUGCGUGAGGAUCACAUGGUGCACGUCCACUUUAAAGAGGAGAUCGGCAUCGCUGAACUCAUCCCCCUCGUCACCACCUACAUCAUCCUCUUCGCCUACAUCUACUUCUCCACCCGGAAGAUCGACAUGGUGAAGUCUAAGUGGGGUUUGGCCUUGGCUGCCGUGGUAACAGUACUCAGCUCUCUGCUCAUGUCUGUAGGACUCUGCACUCUGUUUGGCCUCACGCCCACACUCAACGGAGGGGAGAUCUUUCCUUACCUCGUGGUCGUGAUUGGGAUCGAGAACGUUCUGGUCCUCACCAAGUCCGUGGUGUCGACCCCCGUGGACCUGGAGGUCAAACUUCGAAUCGCACAAGGUCUCAGCAGUGAGAGCUGGUCCAUCAUGAAGAACAUGGCCACUGAGCUCGUCAUCAUCCUGAUUGGAUACUUCACCUUAGUUCCUGCUAUUCAGGAGUUCUGUCUGUUCGCUGUGGUGGGUCUCGUCUCCGAUUUCUUCCUGCAGAUGUUCUUCUUCACCACCGUGCUCUCCAUUGACAUCCGCCGCAUGGAGCUGGCUGAUCUGAAUAGGCGUCUUCCAGCUGAAGCAGGGAUGCCCCCUCCUAAACCCGCCCCCUUACGCCACAGAGAAGCCCCGCCCCCUCCUCGUCCCUCCCCCCACACCAUCACGCUUCAGGCCCCGGCGUUCAGGAACCUGCGCUUACCCAAGAGGCUCCGUGUGAUCUACUUCUUGGCGCGCACCCGUCUGGCACAACGCAUCAUCAUGGUCGGCACUGUGAUCUGGAUCGGGAUCCUGGUGUACACCGACCCUGCUGGUCUGAGGACAUACCUGGCCGCUCAGGUAUCAGAACAGAGCCCUUUGGGAGAGGCGGGGCUUCCUCCUCACCUGGGCGUGGCUCCUGUGUUCCCGGGCGGAGACCCGACUAGCACCCUCAGUGUACUCCCAGCUCCAGAUCCCACCCCUGUGCCUGAGAACCAAUCGCAGGGAGUGGAUGCCUCAGGUCCCGCCCCUUUGGCCAGCCCUCAGAUCACGUGGGGUUCGGAGGACGAGGAGGUGUGGAGGCGACUGUCGUUCCGUUACUGGCCCUCACUUUUCGGCUACUAUAACAUCACACUGGCAAAGAGGUAUAUCAGCAUCCUGCCCGUCAUCCCCGUCACGCUCCACCUGAGCCCUCAGGAAGCCAUCGAGACGCGACACCCGCAGGAUACCCAGCAUGCACCACGGUUCAGCACCAGUACCGCGCAGCUCCAAACCGACCUCACGCUGUACAAGGUUGCUGCACUGGGCCUCUUUGCCGGGGUUCUCCUGGUUCUCCUGCUCUUCUGUCUCUAUCGUGUUCUCUGUCCUCGUAACUAUGGACAGAAUGGAGUCCAACAUGGCCACCGUCGCCGUGGAGACCUGCCUUGCGACGAAUACGGCUACUCGCCACCGGUCAGCGAAAUCUCGCCACUGCUGCUGAGAGGCCAUAGCAUGGAUAUCGAGUGUUUAGCGAGUGAUGGUAUGCUGCUGGCCAGCUGCUGUUUAGCAGGACAGAUUCGUGUGUGGGACGCACAGACUGGGGACUGUCUCACUGUCAUACCUAAUAAUGGUUUGAGGAGGAGCAGCAGUAGCGGAUUUUGGGAUCAGCGUGACAGCUGGGAUCACUACGACCCCGACUCCUCCCCCAGGGCGGAGUCUUCCACCACGUCCACGCCCGUCAGCGAGUACGCAGUGCGCCGGAGGCCGACCCGCCCCGCCCUGUUCGUGGACCAGCCGGACCUCACGGCGCUGAUAGACACAAACUUCAGCGAUCUGCCUCCGUCACACGUGCCCUCGGACUGCGGCUUCGACUUCGGCGGCCUGGUGGAGAAGGCGUAUAAAGAGCACGAGACAACAUCGCCGCCGGCAUCAAUGCCCACACCGCUUCCCCCGACUCCUCCCACUCCACCGGCCCCGCCCAUUGAGAGGCUGAGCGUACCGUCAGGCGACUGGGAGAGCUCGGUGUGGUCCAUGGAGCUCAGGGGAAACCUGAUCGCUGCCGGGAGGAGCAACGGCAAACUGGAGUUGUGGGAUGCUGUAGAGGGACUGCUGCGGUGCUGCAACGAAGAAGGAUCCUCGGGAAUCACCGCCCUGGCUUUCCUUAACAAUAGGAUUGUUGCAGCUCGUCUGGACGGUUCUCUUGAUUUUUUCACCGUGGACAUCAACAAACCGCUGGGUUUACUGCAGCAUCGAGGGCCCCCGGGUCGCAGCAGUCUGCCGCCGUCACCCUGUUACAGCAGCGAGGAUGCGAUCAGCUGCCAGCUAACACGCUCGGUUCAGUGCGCUCACCAGAAACCCAUCACUGUGCUCAAAGCUGCAGCGGGUCGAGUCGUCACCGGCAGCCAGGACCACACCGUCAGAGUGUAUCGUCUGGAGGAUUCCUGCUGCCUCUUCACCCUGCAGGGACACUCAGGUGGCAUCACCGCCAUUUACAUAGACCAGACCAUGGUCCUGGCCAGCGGGGGGCAGGAUGGCGCCAUCUGCUUAUGGGACGUCCUCACAGGAAGUCGCGUGAGCCAUGUUUACGGUCACCGUGGUGACGUAACGUCGCUGGUCUGCACUACUUCCUGCGUGAUCAGCAGUGGUUUGGACGAUCUUAUCUGCAUCUGGGACCGGAGCACCGGCAUCAAGCUCUACUCCAUACAGCAGGAAGUGGGCUGUGGCGCCAGUCUGGCCGUGAUUUCCGAGAGUUUAUUAGUGACCGGGGGUAACGGCUGCGUGUCGUUCUGGGACCUGAACUACGGGGACCUGCUGCAGACGGUGUAUCUGGGUCAGAACAGCGAGGGGCAGCACGUACGGCAGCUCCUCGUACUCGAAAACGCCGCCAUCGUGUGUGACUUUGGGAGCGAGCUCAGCCUCGUCUACGUGCCCUCCGUACUGGAGAAGCUGGACUAAACACACGGACGUUUAGAAAAAUGUGUGCGCGAUGGACCGUGGUCUCUGCUUUUUUUAAAAAUAACAUGCCAGUAGUGAGGGAAAUGGGGCAUGGAAUCCGUGCGUGCGUGCGCGCGUGUGUGUGUGAGAGAGAGCUCCUGCUGUUUUUUUUCUAAUGGAAAACUGGACUUUAAGAGCUUUUUAUAUAUUUUUUUGCUAGAAAAAGACUCAAAAAAUCUAAUCGCAGUGUAUCUUUACUCACGGGAUGGAUGGGACACUGAACAAUCGCUGCCUGGAGAAAGGUGUGUGUGUGUGAGAGUAUGGCGGGGAGAAGUUUACAUGGAGAAUAACUGCUGAUGUGUGUGUGGGAGAGAGAGAGAGAGAGAGAUGUUGAGGAUUACUGUAAUGGGAUGAACCUGUGAAUCAGGUGUGUGUCGUGAGCGAGCGAGUGUUGACCGUGUGUCGAAGGAGACGUGUCACUUUUUAAUAUUUAAAAACAAAAAAAAAAAUCCAUUAUUUAUUAGCGAUAAAUUCUAACCGUUUGUACGAUCAGAUCUUUAAAUGUAUAAAAAGCGCUGACUAAUUUAAACUUUAACGAUAUAACAGAGUUCGUUCGGACGGUGAGGGUCUGCUUUCUUUAAUUGUAAAACUGUUUUUUAGUUUUUUCUUCCUCGGGUCGUUCGGACGGGAGACACGCGACAGCACUACUUACUACUGAACUUAUUCUACAUUCGGGAGGUACACCUCAGGCUCCGGCACGAGAGACGAUACGAUUCAGAUUCUUAACACGAGCCUGCGACAGGUUUCUUGAUGAUCGCGGCGAAUCUGCUACCAUUCGGUUAAUCCGUGCUACUCGUUCGUCCUUUUUCUGAUUAUCGUCACUUUAAGAUUGUUGCAUCGCUUCGUUUCGAUCGUUUGCCUUUAAAAUCGGCGCAUCGUCACGCGCCGACUACGACCCGAAACCCCGGACUCGUAACCCGGAUUUUUCCGCUCCGACGCGUUUUAGAUUUUUAGCUUUAUCUAAAAUACUCAACUUUACCUCAGGAGAGAAAGCGUUGUCUCCUGUCGUUUAACCGGUGGAGUUUGUCAAAAUAUUCAGUCCCUCCAGGAUUUAGCGAUCGAGGAAACUCCGCAACAUUCAGAGGAGCCUUCAAUUUUUCUAAAUUAUCGCGGGUUCGAGCCGGGACGCGUCACACGCGAGUACAGCUGAAAGGUCUCGUUUACGGACAAACGUCACUGCGUGUGAAAGAGCGUACAAAAUUAUUUCUUGCCGUUGCGAUUUCGCCAAUUCGAGCAGUUUCCCGCAAAAAUCACCAAAAGAAAAGAGACCUCUGUGAAAUCCUGUACGGACUGAAUAAACGCAUUCUAACGCAGCCAUGAACGUAGUUUUGCAAAUGAUUUCUAAACAAAAAUGUUUGUUUUCUUUUUUUUUUUCUACGUUUGUUGUAGACAUGCAAAGCCACGAGCAGCUUAGGGAUGUGCCGAUAAUCAGUUACACAAUACAUCACGAUAUGAUCUGCUCUGAUCUAUCACCGAUAGACGCGGUCUCUACAGGAGGAUCGAACUGAACCCGACCUUCUCCGCUUCUCCCCACAGCCCAGGUUUGAUUACGCUAAAGAUAAAGUGCGUGAGAACAGCUUCGACGGUUUAGAACGUGGCCGACGAUUCCUUCACGUUGAUCCUUCUUGCUUCAGAGCUCCACUCUUUGGUCACGGGUGCGCAGGACACCAGGGAGGAAGGGAAGAAGGGUUAGGGCCGAGACCAGACAUUACAUUCUGUGUCAUCUGUCAGCAUGACGUUGUGCGAUAUCGGUUUGCGUAAAUAUAUUAAUAUAAUCAAAAUAUCGUGCAGUUUGACGUCGAGUCGUACACCGUGAGCUGAAAACAUUUUUUUUCCUUUGUACACAUCAUAGAACCAGUGGAAUUUUUACUGUACCUCCUUAACAGUUUUGUUCUUUUAUUUAUUUGCUUUUUUCCCCACCUGAACGUCUACUCUGGAGUUAAUAAUCGGAUAAAAACACUACGCACAGAGACGAACGUCAGCAUCUGAUUAAAGACCAGAUAACGCUUCGUGUAACCAAUGUGUGUGUGUGUGUGUGUGUGUGUGUGUGUGUGUGUUUUCUAAAUGGAUAUUUUUUAAAGCCUUCUUUCAAAUUUCGACCAAAUGACAGAUUCGUAGUUAAACCUGAUUUUGCAAUGUGCGCCGCGCUCGCAGUCUUAUACGGCGAGUAGAAACGCACAGAGAUGUUAAAUUAUUAGCAAUAUGAAUGUAAAUAUUAAGGUGUGUUGCUGCCUGGACAGAUUUAGGUUCCUCUGUGUGUAUGUGUGUGUGUGUGUGUGUGUGUGUGCAGUCUGUUGGUAGAAAUGUGAAUGGCGUUUUUAGACAAGUUGUGAAUGACAGUAGUACAGAUACUGGGAUUAUUACAGAUGAUGAUGAGCUGUUCAUGAUAUUGUUCAUCAGCUGUCCGUAGACAUUCCGUUAUUUUCAGCUUCUAAAGAAUGGGAAACCUCAAUGUAAAUAGCCUGAAUAGUAACUAAAAAGAUCAGGAUGUUUUUCCAUUGAAACUUCCGGAAACUCGUUGGAGGCAGAUUAAAGCCAGUUGUGUCGCAAUGUUGAAUGAAACCUGCACACUUCUGAGCAAACAACUGGAGGUCUUAUUUACUUAAAUAGGUAUACUGCAUAAAAUAAACAGCGCGUCACGUCAUACGUUUUCCUGGCACUGACUGGCUUUCCUAAAAUCCACGCUGAGUCAUCACCAUUCACACAGUUUAAAAUGUAAUCAGACAAGGAAAUGAUGGAGAGUUGCACCGUAUACAAAGCAUAAAGAGGAUAUAACUAAUGCUUUGUUCUAUUUUUUAUCAUGGGGAAAGAUCUUUGUACUAAUUUGCAAAUUAAAAAAAGGGUUUUCAUAUC